AUGUUUUGCAACAAAUGCCAGCUUUUCUGGAGCGGCGCCCUCGCUCAAGCGCAAGUGCCUGAACUCAUCACGACUUGUGGAGAUGUCCAGUGGUCGAAAUAUGAAGUCGUUCUCCAUUCGAAUCUGAGAGAGCUAAAACUUGCUUCAGCCUCACGGUGCAUCUUGUGUCGCAUCGUCCAUCACACACCAACUGUGUACGAGCACAAUCAAUUGCUUCAAGAUGACACCGAAUUACUCGACGUUGUACUCGACAUUGAUCCCACUAAGGGCCCCCAUCCAGUGCUCUCGGUAACCUUCCGCGAAACCUUGGGCCAGAGCAUCAGGGUGCCCAGGCGUAUUAUAGCUGCUUGUGGUGGCUUGUUAGCUGAUGAGAAUUCUGUCGUUACUCUACACCGCAGCGUCGAGUUGACGAAUAACAGCACUGGCUCGGACGGUGCGCUCCAUUUAGCGUCUUCCUGGGUCGAGAAUUGCAUCCUGAACCAUCCAAGCUGCAGGGCUUCGGCAACACAAAAUAAUCUCAGCUUCGUUCCAACCCGACUACUUGACACAAGCAACGAUGAAGUGCGUCUUGUUGAGACUAAAGCGGUCUCUUUAAGUGCCAUGGACCAAGGAUAUGUUGCCUUGAGUCACUGCUGGGGUAAAGUCCACAUCAUCCGUACGCUGAAGGAGAACUACAGCCAACACUUAUCCCACAUCGACUUUGGAGACCUUUCCCAGACGUUCCAGGAUGCAGUGCAUGCAACACGCAAGCUCGGCUUCCGAUACAUCUGGAUUGAUUCGCUAUGCAUUGUGCAGGAUGACAAGGACGACUGGACAGCGGAAGCUGCGACUAUGUGUGAUGUUUACCAAUAUGCCAUCUUAACAAUCGCUGCUGCACAUGCAGAGGGUGGCGACGUGGGGUGUUUCAAGGAGCGGGAUGGGCUGUUACAGAUGCCAUUCAUUGUUGAUAUUCCAAGCGCAAGUGUCUCAACAAAGCCUGCUCACGUGGUCUUCACGUCUUACGGCCGCAGUGAAGGCCUUGGUGGCCCAGAACCGCCUCUCUACGGAAGAGCCUGGGUCUUGCAAGAGCAGCUUCUGUCUCCUAGGAUGUUGGUUUUUGACGGAUCUCAGCUUCGUUGGGAAUGUCUCACUACUCACGCCUCGGAACGCUCUCAUUCGGGCGGUAUGUCAAGACAUGCAGGACAUCAGAAAGCAAUCCGAAAAGCUAUCAUGAGCAAGGAGAACUUUUUCAGCAAUACAGAUUUUCCUGAUCGUGAGUUCGGCGCGCGUUCGCAGCAUCUGUAUUGGUGCUCUGCUGUUAUGGACUAUACACAUCGAGGCAUGACACAACCCAAGGAUCGCCUGGUCGCCUUGGCCGGGAUAGCACAAGCAUUAGAGCGACAAACUGAGAGCGAUUACUUUGCGGGCUUAUUCUCUCGUUUUCUCUGGGCUGGUAUGUUGUGGAGCAUUCCUCAUACACGAGAGUACAACUCUACAACUCAGGACGCUUUCAGUCUGGAAGACAACAAACGCAUCCGCCAUACCAGCCCGAUCGCCCCCAGCUGGUCCUGGGCAUCAGUCACUGCGCCUGUCGUAUACGCAAGUCCCACCCUCACAACUCUUGACCCUAUCUGCACUAUUAUCAGCGCCCACACAACAGGCGACGCAGCCUUUCAGACUGGUCGCAUCGAGAUCCGCGGUCAUGUACGCAAAGGCUACAUAAAUGCCGUGUAUCCUUUCGCGCUACAAGAGGCAGCCACCAGGCACCGCUCGCAUAUGAUGAUGCAGAAACCCGAGGGACAAAAAGACUUUGUCAACUUCAAGGGUCGAGCCUUUCCACCAAACAGCUACUUCCUCUUCUCCAAAGAACAGCCCAAGAUGCCAAGAGUGUGGGGUAGUGACCUGCGCCCUACCUCGUACCUCACCAGGUCUGGGAACUGGCGGCUCGUCCAUGGAACAUUUCGUCCUGACGAAAUCAUCUCCGCAAGACAGGAAAUCACGUUCCUUGCAAUCGCACAACAGCACGCUGGUCAAAAUCCUCCUUCACUGCUACACACACACAAGCCAGACGAUCCAUUAGAGACGUACACUGUUGCAAUAGUCCCUACAGGCGAGUACGGAGAUAACACUAACAAAUACAGACGUGUCGGGUAUGCAGUAUGGAGGGACUGUGCGUGGUAUGGGUAUAACUGUGAGCAAACGAAGCAAUCUGAUUCGGGUGUGGAGAGGCCGGGAAGAUGGACAAGAGAGAACGGAUGGGAGGUUGACCGAGGCUUCUUCAAAACCUUGAGUUGGUGGAUGAAGUGGGAUGAUCUGGAACUUUACAAGAGAGCGAAUGGGGGCAGACACGUGCAUGACUUCGAGUCGGAUGCGCUGCCAGGGUUGAAACAGUACCACAAGGACGUGGGUAUCGAAGAGAAGACGAUAGUAAUCGUGUAG